GUGAACAUGAACUGUCAGCACACUGCAGUUGCAAGUAGAACUGACAACACGAUUCAGUUCACCAAGUUUCAUCAGCCUAAGAACAUCAGAAGGGGAUGUCACAGGGAGCAUUGUAGCAUCUGGAAGAGUUAGACCAUCAUCCCCAGUGCAACUCCGAAUUUCUAACGUGUGUUCGGUUAAGGAAUAGAAAACUAAAACCAAAUAUAUGAUGCCUGCAUUGCUGC